AGGUACCCGAACAGACGCCAUGGCAAGAGAGAUUACGGUGCGACAGCUGUCCGGGAAAGCUGAUCUGUUUCGGCUCACAGACAGAACUGUCCGUGAGUUGAAAAGGGAGCUGCAUGGGUGGCUGCCCUGCAACGAUGAAUCAAAGCGCACUAUCAGCUCAGUGGGGCUGGUUGUUGGAGACAGGCCCCUGUUGAACAAUGAGGAGAUGCUGUCGGAUGCUAUUCCAGGUGCAGAAGUUACAGCUUUCCUCUGCAUCAAGCCGGUAACGUGCUCAAGCGCAUCAACGGCUGGCUGCAAGCUUGAAGAUUUGCGCGUGGUGGAAAUUCCAGAGGGAGAAGGACAGGUUGGAUUUGAAGCUUUCAAGUACUGUCGAUUUUUGGCAAGUGUGACAAUGCCCGACUCCGUCACUCGGAUUGACGAAAGCGCCUUCCAGGAUUGCAGCUCAUUGGCAGACGUGGCCAUGUCCAACUGCGUCACGGAGAUUGGGGCACUGGCCUUCUGGGGCUACGGGUCAUUGACCAGCGUGACCAUUCCAAUGACUGAGGGCUCACUGAAACGAAAGGUGACCGCCAGUUCAGGCGGGAUCGGAUGCAGUGCCUUCGAGAAAUGCAGAUCUUUGAGAAACGUGACGAUCCCCAGCUCCGUCAGCGUGAUUGGACAGAACGCCUUUGAAGAUUGCUGCUCCUUGACCAGCGUGGCCAUCCCGGACUCCGUGUCGAAGAUUGGAGGAAGUGCCUUCCGCAGUUGCAGCUCCUUAGCGAGCCUGACCCUCCCCAGGUCUGUGACUGAGAUUGGGUGUGGUGCCUUCCAAGGUUGCCGCUCCCUGGCAAGCGUGGCAAUUCCCAACUCGGUGACUGAGAUGGGAAAAUGCCCCUUUCAAGGUUGCAGCUUACUUGCAAAAGCGACCAUCUCGAACUCUCUGACCUAGAUCGGGGUGAAUGCAUUUGCAAGCUGCAGAUCGUUGACAAGCGUGACUAUCCCCAACUCCGUCGCUGUGCUUAGACAAAGUGCUUUUGAAGGUUGCAGCUCUUUGACCAGCGUAGCCAUCCCAGACUCCGUGACAGAGAUUGAAACGAGUGCUUUCCAAGACUGUCGCUUGUUGACAAGUGUGACCAUCCCCCAAUCCGUGAGCAAGAUUGGAGGAAGUGCCUUCCAAGGUUGCAGCUCCCUAGCAAGCGUGGCAAUUCCCAACUCGGUGACUGAGAUGGGAAAAUGCCCCUUUCAAGGUUGCAGCUUACUUGCAAAAGCGACCAUCUCGAACUCUCUGACCUAGAUCGGGGUGAAUGCAUUUGCAAGCUGCAGAUCGUUGACAAGCGUGACUAUCCCCAACUCCGUGACUGAGAUCGAACCGGGUGCUUUCCAAGGCUGCAGCUUUCCGUUGACCAGCGCGAUGUUCCCCCCAUCCGCGAAGAUUGGAGGAGGUGCCUGCCGAGGUUGCAGCUUCCUGGCAGUCUCUAGGCUCAUUCCCUGACUGGGAAGCUUUCUUAGGUGUGCGCCUAUGCCGCAUGCCUUUUGGCACUGAAUCCAUUUCUGGGUCAACGUAUGGGAGCAUCGGAGACAUCUUUGAACCUUGACU